CCCGCCCCGGAAGCGGGGACACGCCCUUCCGGCGCCACCGCGGAGGGCAGGAGGCGCCGGGCCGCCGUGAGGAGAGCGGAGCAGCGCGGAGCGGAGCGGCCGCCCCCGCCGCCCGGGGCAACCGGAAGAAAAUGAACCAGAAAUCUGAACGCAGAGGAAUUCACGUUGAUCAGUCAGAGCUCCUGUGCAAGAAGGGAUGUGGUUACUAUGGCAAUCCUGCUUGGCAGGGAUUUUGCUCCAAGUGCUGGAGAGAGGAAUACCAUAAGGCCAGGCAGAAACAGAUUCAAGAGGAUUGGGAGCUGGCAGAGCGGCUUCAGCGUGAGGAGGAAGAAGCUUAUGCCAGUAGUCAGAGUACCCAAGGGGCACAGUCACUGACAUUUUCAAAAUUUGAAGAAAAGAAAACCAAUGAGAAAACACGAAAGGUCACUACCGUGAAGAAGUUCUUCACCGCUUCUUCCAGAACAGGAGCUAAGAAGGUGGCUCAAGAGAAAAUCGUUAAGCAAGGACAGCUUGGGAGGGAGCGAAAUGCUGAUAACAUUCUCAGGGAUUUGAAGGAGAUUUUUACUCCCUCCUGGGAACUGGCUUCCCCUACCGAAGCAGAGAUCCAAGAAGCCAAGGCUCCCAGCCCUUCUAUAAACAGGCAGGCGAGCAUCGAGACAGAUCGCGUAUCCAAGGAAUUCAUCGAAUUUCUCAAGACGUAUCAUAAACCUGGACAAGAUAUCUAUAAGCAAUGUAAACUAUUUUUGGACACCAUGAAUCAUAAAAGGCACUUGAGUAUUGAGGAGCAAUCUGAAUGUGCCCAGGACUUCUAUCAAAAUGUAGCAGAGAAAUUACAGACGCGUUGGAAAGUGCCCCCUGAAAAGGUUGAGAAAGCAAUGGAUCAGAUUGAAAAAUACAUUAUGACUCGACAGUAUAAAUAUGUCUUUUGCCCUGAAACAACUGAUGAUGAGAAGAAAGAUCUUGCUGUCCAGAAGAGAAUCAGGGCUUUGCACUGGGUAACUCCACAAAUGCUGUGUGUUCCGGUCAAUGAAGAAAUUCCAGAAGUCUCUGAUAUGGUUGUAAAAGCAAUUACAGACAUUAUCGAAAUGGAUUCAAAGCGCGUCCCUCGUGAUAAAUUAGCAUGCAUCACCAAGUGCAGCAAGCAUAUAUUUAAUGCUAUUAAAAUCACAAAAAAUGAACCAGCUUCUGCUGAUGACUUUCUUCCAACACUUAUAUACAUUGUUUUGAAGGGAAACCCACCCCGUCUGCAGUCUAACAUCCAGUAUAUCACACGCUUCUGUAAUCCAAGCAGGCUAAUGACGGGAGAAGACGGCUACUAUUUUACCAACCUGUGCUGUGCCGUGGCCUUCAUUGAAAAACUGGAUGCUCAGUCUUUAAAUCUAAGCCAAGAAGAUUUUGAUCGGUUUAUGACUGGUCAGGUGUCCCCGAAGAAGCAAGAAGCCGACAGCUUUUCCCCUGAUGUGUGCCUGGGUGUUAAGCAAAUGUAUAAAAACUUAGACCUGCUAUCUCAGUUGAAUGAGAGACAGGAAAGGAUUGUCAAUGAAGCCAAGAAGCUUGAGAAAGACCUCAUAGAUUGGACUGACGGAGUUACAAAGGAAGUCCAAGAUAUUGUUGAGAAAUAUCCAUUAGAAAUAGAACCAAAAAAUCAAGCCUUAGCAGCUAUUGACUCUGAAAAUGUGGAGAAUGACAAGCUGCCCCCACCACUGCAGCCUCAGGUUUAUGCAGGAUAAUUCUCGCUCUUAACUUUGAAAAGCAUCAUUAUCCUCACCUAGUAAUAUCUACUACUUGGGAAGGAAAAUAAAUGUAAGGCUAAAAAUCAGAUGAGCUUAAAUCAGUACAUUUUUAAAGGUACCUUUUUUUUUUUUUGUUAAGUGUAAUGAAUUGUAUUUAUUUUAGUCAAGUAGAUUUCUAUUAGGCUUUUGUGGGUUUUUGAACUGGAUUUAAAUUUUCUACACAAACCGGUGUAAUUUUUAAGCAACACUAGUCAAUUGGCAUCUUGCCCCGAAAUCUUCCUUCUAGGCAUGCACUUACUUGUUUUUAAUAAUUAGUUUAAUUUCCAGCAUUUGAGUUCAAGCAGAAACUCAAAAGAUACUAAUGUUAGUCUGAGUUUAUUCUGUAGCUGUAAAGAUGACAUAUAUAUUGUAAAAUAUGUACAAUUGUAAAUAGAUUUAAAAUCAUGUCUCAGCUGUGCAUGACAUCUUGUGUAUGAGUGCAAAUGAUACAGAAGUGUUCAUUUUGGCACCUUUCAGUUAAGUCACGUUGCAGUAUAAAGGCAAGUCCACUGAUAAUGUUGCGGUAAGCUGGGUGGUGUAACUGAUGAAUUAGAGUCAGGCAGGAUAUUGUUGUAACCAUUUGAAAACUUGACACUCAUCCUGUAAUCUGCUCUAUAAAAAAAAGGAAAUGCUAUUUAAAAUAUGACAUUUCUUCAUGUAAAUGUCCUCUCUGCUUUGUCAGUACACCUGGGAGCCCUCAGCCCUGCACGUAAGUGCUGAUGUUACUGCUCUUGAGGAGAACGUCGGGCCGAGCUUCAGAAAGGAAGGAAAUAUUUCAUGUGGAUCCAAAAGGGCUUGGGGAGGAGGUAGUGCAAGAGUUGCACAUGGAGUGGCUUUUUGCCUCAUCAGUGGGUUAGGUCUUGGUUGCUUUUUUGACAAUCCUGGUAGAUAAAUAAGUUCCUAUAACUAGAGGCUGCUUUUUAGAAGAGCAUGAGCCACUGCUCUGAGCAGAAAGGUGCGCUCUAUUUUCAUGUAACAUCAAUUUUCUGAUAUUUGGUGACCCCCCCUUUAGCAAAGUUAACCUUGCUGAGGUGUUGAACAUCAAGGUAAAAAGGGCUUUAUAUCACUAGAAGUUUAAUCAGUGUAUUUAAUCAGCUCCUUCCACAAAAAGUAACCUCUUGCCAAAUAACUUUUUUAUGCCAGUGAAACGUUUUGUAUACAAUUUAAAUUAUCUUCCAGUUAAUCUAUUCUGCCAUCACUUCUUUGUGUACCCGAGAUAUCGAACAUAAAGCUGCUUUAGCUGAGCUACUCCUGAGCAAUGUUAAAUUCUCACUAUCAAGGAGGGAAGGACCUACCUCUUCAUUACGAUCCACUGCUUUAAAAACACUUAUUUUAAAUUUGCACUGCAAUAAUUUCAGACCACAACUGUGAUUUGUCCCUUUUGUCAAAUGCAUUUCGCUAUCUGAUCUAUGCAUUCCCAGUGUUUCGGAGAUAACCUGUUACCCCAAACUGUUGGUGAAGCAAUGAGCUAAUCGACUGAUCACAAUAAAUUGGAUUAUUUAAUGUAUCCAUAUGUCACUACACCCAAAUUGCUUAGGAUCUGACCAGUGCUUGCAGUAAAUAAUGCUGCCAAAAAAGUCUUUAUUUUCUUUAUAAACACUAGGUGCUAGUUCUGAUACCCAAGCACACAGGUUUUGCUGAGGGGGAGGGAAGCAAACUUUCAGCUAUUGUGUAAAUUGCCAUGUUUAAAUAAAAAUGCAUACGUUA